AUGCAGCAUCACCGACUAUAUUUGAAAAUCGUUUGCACGCCGCGACCACGCAGCACGCGGCGAAAAGGCAGUCUUGCUACGCCGGUUGAUCAGUUGAUCUGUUUUACCUACGAAAGGCACGUUCCCGAAUUCGAUUUAAAUAGGUUGUUGUUGUGGAAUUUACGCGGUUGUGCGAAGAAAAAUUCUUCUGAGUUCUACCGUGAAAGGCAUUUUACUGGUUGUAAAGCCGAUUUACAAUUUAUGACAUUAAAAUAAACCACGAGAAGAUCAAGAACUUCGUGCAAAUACUGACUGCGGGCCAGGCAAGAGACAGACACUCAAGAAAGCUGAACAUCCAAAAGUGGAAGAAGGUUUGUACAUGUGGUUUCUUCAGGAAAGAAAUAGGCUUGCACCAAUUUCAGGACCCAUGUUGGCCAUGAAAGCUAAGUUUUUUAUAAGGAAAUAACAAAAAAGAUGAUUUUGUGGCUAGCAAAGGAUGGCUAGAACGUUUUAAAAGUCGUCAUGGCAUACGUUUAAUGACUACUACAGGAGAGAAACUUUCUAACGAUACCAUCUGCAUAGAGCCCUUUAAAUUAAGAUUUUUGCAAAAG